AUGGGGCUGUUGGAGUUCUGGAAUAGACAGCAGCAACAAAAAGAUGAAACGCCUCCCGCUUUCGGUUGAUUUUUGUCUUUGAUCAAAUCAUAACAUUUUUUAAUUCCUUGCUUUUCGUGUAUCUUUUUUGAAAACGAGUAUGCAUUUGAGUGCCCCCAGUCAUUGCGCGCAACGAUACGGGAUCUUCGACCGGAUCAAGACGUUCAAACGGCGCAGAAAAGUCCUAUGUGGUGACCGUGAGCAGUGGAAAGACUCAACAAACCGAGUUGGAAAUGAGUCUUAACUGUAACCCUUGUCCUGUUCAGCACGGCUGAAUUGGCCGCUGGGGGUUUCGACCCCGGCGCAGGUGGCUCGCUUCAUAUACCUGUCGACGAGUUUCUCCCAAAAAACCAGGUUUUUCACGGUUUUUUUGAAAAAUUGUGCACUACACUUUGAAAAUCCUAUAGUAUAAGGGAAAUAGAAAAUACUUUCGCGCGACAGAGUUUUGCGAUAAAAAGAAGUUUCAUCAUUUCUUCGAAAAGUUUUAGUUCAAAGCAAAAUUGAAGCACACUAGGUUUUUGUACUGAUCCGGAUUAUUCUUUAAACGACAAAGCGAGAGAAUUAUAAAAAAAAGGGAAAUUUUUAUGGGUUUGCAGUUUGUCACAAAAAGCUUGCGUGUGAAAAAAAAGAAGUUUUAACCGAAAAACUGUAUUAAAUGUAUUGACUCGAAAUUGAAUUUAGCUGGAAUGGAUAAAAACGGCAGUCGGAAUGAACUGUUGUCUGGCGAUGCCGGCUCAAGCUUCUUCGGCGUCUUUUCGAGUAGUCGCCGUGACAGCUCUCAAUUAUCUCAGGUUGGCAGAUUGCCCGAAAAGAUUUUUAUGGAGCCUUUUUCCACACUUUCCGACCUUGCCUAUGGGUCUAAGCCGUCCAUUUUCAAACUUUCCACAAAAAAAACUUCUAACAGGAAGGUGCUCAGGUGGUUCCCGCGAUGUCGCAUCCUCUUCUGUCUCUCCAACAUCGAAACAGCCGAGACGUGGGAGGAAGAGCUGCAGCGGACUGGCAUCCCUGAGGAAGACGUUCGCUUUUUUCUUCUCUUGGUCCUUGAUGCCUUACGCAGGAAAGAUCAGAGUUGAAAGCUCAGGCUUCCUCCAAUUACUGAAAAAUGCUUCGACUCAAGAAACAAAUUUUGAUAUGUAUGGGGAGGUUUAUUUUUUACAGACUGUUAAUAAAAAAAAAUUCAUAAAAAAUCGUUUUCAGAUAACGCGUAAAUCUGUUUCAGAUUCGCUGCAUUAGCUCGACGAGCUGUUUGAAGUCUGAUAGAUCAGCUGACAAACGUGUUCUCAUAUGCACGUCUUCUGCGGUAAUCUUCUACUUCACGUACCUUUUGAAAAUAAUAGUAUUACGAGAUUUUCUCAUAAUUGAUACGCCAUUUUCGCUUUUCGAAAAAUAUUAAAAAGAUACUGUAUUGAUAAGUUUCUUGCUGUGAGUAUAUGUGAAAAACGUGACAGUGUUUUUUCACGUUAAGAAUCAAAGUUCAGUGAUAUAGCUGAUCCACGGCUAGCUUGGAACGUUUAGGGGCGUAGCCUGUCUGCGCUCUCCACGAACCAGGCACUCUCUCGUGCAUUAUCGUGUCAGGAUCCUUUUUUCAAAGGCCCAAGCUAGCCAUGAAUCAGCUAUACUAUCAAAUUUUUGAGAAAACACAAAGUUUGUUGCCCAUAUUUUCAAAAAACCGUGAAAAAUAUAUCUGAAAAUUUAUAGCUGAAAAUUUUAAAUGUAUAAACUUCUGAAAAAUCUGUUUGCAGUGGACGAUGAAAACUCUGGAUUCGAUGAACGAUAUGGACUCAGUUCGACUGUGUGUGGUCGAACUGAAGCACAACGAAUCGUCGGAAAAGUACAAGACGAUCAUUUCGAAACUCACUGUUUGCAAUGUAAUUUAUUUUACGAAAACUCUUCAUUUUAUCUAUAAUUUGCAUAUGCCGACUUGAAGCUAACAAAGGAACUUUUUUUAGGCUCGCCUUUGAAGUUUUGAUAAUACUUGGCUAAAGUGUAUUUGAGGGCUUUCAUCUGGUUUUUGAGUUAAGAUGCUUCAAACGUUGGAAAUAACGUUUUUUUUUUUGCAAUUCACGUAUUUCACAAGCUUUCAAACUUGUUAACUUUAAUUAGAAGUUCAACCAGUUGCUGAAAAAGUCCUCUCAUAAGUAUUGAUCAGAAAAAUGUUAUAAUAAUGUGAUAAGCAUAGAUGAGAACCCACCGGCCGAAAUUUUGAAGCAUAGGAAAAAUAUAGAUUAAUGUGAGAAAUAGUCUGUAAAAAUAUCCUGCUUCAGUUUUGAGGGAGAAAUUCAUGUAGAUGACCACUUCAAGAUGUUCUCUUGAACCCUUGUCGUAAAAAAAUGAUGAACAUCUUUUAAAAGUUUCAGCAAAAUUGCCACUUCUGAACGCCAUCAAAAAAAAUGAAAUAAUAAUGAAACACAUUAUAUUAUUUUGCCUACGCAGACCCUUUAUCGAGUGCUGGUCUGUACUACGUCGGUUCCUUCGGGCUCGAGAAAAACGAGCGCCAUCUCGAAAAGGCAGCAGACCAUCACGACACUCCAGAUUUCAACGUGGAUCGAGCCUUCAGAAGACGACGUCGACUUCAGGUCAUCAGUGAUAAAAAGUAUUUGACCGUAAAUCAAGCAACCGAGCACGUUUCUGACAGAUAAUACUUUUUUCACUACUUUUAUUUUUAAAGUUUUAUAUCUAAUAGAACCGCAGAUGUUUGAGAAAAGAAGAUAGUGAUUUGUCCAUCUUAGGAAAGAUCUUUCGUUUUUUUUUUUGAUAUUUUUUUUAAAAUUUGAAUAUGCAGUCAUUAGAAAUGAGUGGAGAAAAGAAAAAUUCCAGAUUUUCUACUAUCCCCGAGAACGUGAAGCCAUUGUAUUGGACCGAAAGAGAACUUUCCGAUCAGAACCAAAUCUUGCUGGAGAAGUGGAGAAAGGUUCUUUUUGUCUAAAUUUAGAAAACUUCAGACGUUUAAGGGAUGCAAAACGGUACUUGGUAAGUUAGUCUCGGAAAGUGUAUUGAAGUCAGACGAAAUCGAGGACUAUAUCUGGAUGUCAUCGGAAAAUCUCGUAGUUGAAAUAAUUCUUACUGGAGUAAAAGUUGGCUUCAGGCAGAAACGAUUAGUUCGGCUUCGCGAAGGCGAAAUGCAAAGUGUGUCGAGUUUUUAAGGGACGUCUACAAAAUCCUUUUGAUCGAGGGAAUGAAGCCGGCGUUUCUGUUCGUGAUGCGUGAGAUUCUGACUUACCCCCGUCGAGCUCCUUGUUCUUUUCAGAAACCUUGAAGAGUGACGCCGAGGAUUUGGAGAUGCUUCUCGUAGCUGACCAAGACCUUGUCUCUGUUUAUGAGCAUUUGCAAAGUCUCUAUGCCCAGGGUAUUUCAGUUUGCCCCUUUUUUGGUACAAGGGCUUUUUAAGGAGGAAACGCCGAAGUUCACUACAAAUGGAGAAAGCUUCACCAAGUCAUCACUGGUUUUCUACGGAACGGUAAAUUCGAAGAAUUUUUCUUUAAAUUGAAACUGCGCUCAAAAGUUGUUUCGCGAAAUUACGCAGCCAAAGGCGAUCGAACAAACAAGUUAUAAACGUUUAAUACUCAGUUUGAUUAUGACAUCAUUUUAUCCGGAGCACGCACUUACUUUUUUUUGGAAAAAUUCAGAACUUUGACGCCUCGCUCACCUUCCCUCACCCCAUUAGGGAUUCCGUGUUACGGUUCGAAGUUUCUCUAAAAUUUGCUCAAAAACUCCCUGAAAGUCUAGAUGAAGAUCUCUCACAGUCGCUACCUGCCGAACUUCUAGUUUUGGAAGUAGGAAUUUUCAAAAUUGCGAAUCAUGCGUUUUAAGCCUGACUCUCCGAACUUUGAAAAUUAUUACCACAUAAACUAGAAGUUUGCGCAGGUAGCGACUGUAGGGACCUUCAUCUAGACCUUCAGGGAGUACGAAUUAAUGAAGCGGAAAAUUACUGUCAGAAGAUAUUGAACAUUGAAUUAACAUAUUCAAUAUUGCCUCGCAAGUUUUGGGAAGAAACCAUUUUUGAAGGUACUACGACUUACGGACUCGUGGUCACGAAAGACGAAAGAAGUGCCAUUGUAGCUCAAAAGGCCCUCGGAGCUCUCAUGUGCAAAGUUGUCCGCGCCGUCGCCACUGACCAGCAAAGUCACUUUUUAUCACAAACUUUUUGUUUUCGAUCCAACAUUCAGUGUAUUUAGAGCUUUCAUUAAUAACGGCUCACUUUUUUUUUCAUUUUUUAGAACAAGGCGAUCACGACAUUUGGCCGAUGAGUCGUAUCUCCACUGUCUUCAUGGAGGUGAAAGGGAUGACGAAUUGAAACUCAAUGCAUCAUUCAGGACAAAUCAAAAAUUCUAAUUUUGGGAAUGCAUUUGCCGGAUUUCUUGACUUCCUUCGAGACACUCACCGCAAACAGAAUCACGUUUGUGAUUUCGGUUGACCGCAGGUUCGUAUUUUUAUUGUCUCUUCAGCUCCGCCUCCAACAAAGCUCUCUGAUUGGUUUGAUCUACGCAUAAGGGGCGGAGUUUGAGCGAUGACUUGAUAUUAAAAAUUGAAUUAACAAUAAAAACUUUUCCGUAUUUUCCUGUGUUAUGGAUUCUUCUCCAAUCAAAAUUUCUUGUUUUGAGGGGAAAAAGAUUGGAACUGCGAAUAGGCUGGUCAGUAAAUCAUGCAAGGGUUGGAAAUUGAGCAGUUUCUGUGUCUUUCUUAUCAUUUUCAGUAUACCAAUCGAAGAGAAAGUAAUUAAUUUAAAAAAUGUAGAAUUUAAGGAUUUUGGAAAGUUUCAGCUCUCUGUGUACAACCAAAACGCCCCUGGAAAAUUAUAUGGCACUUCUGAACGAAAAAAUGGAAAAAAUUGUGAGUAAUCCCCGCAGAAAAAUUUUUCCAAUUGACAAUUUAGCGAGUUCCGCGCGUGAACACGACGCCUCUGCCCGCGCCGAAAAAAAGGAACGCCAAAUCGGCUUCCGGGGCCAAGUGGGGCGCCGUCAAUCGGUAUGUUGCAAGUCACAUACGUAGUCUGUUCGAAAAACUUUGCUGGUCUGUAAAAGGCUUCAGAAAAGUGUCGAUACUGUUUUCCGAUUUAUUUGAGCGAGCUCUGAGAAAUAAUAUUUAAAAAAAAAAGUUCAAUUCAUCUGGUAAAUAAAAUUUUAUUUCUGAAUGCAAAGUUUAUCAUUUUCAAACACCUCAAUAAGAUCAGAGUGUAAUCUCGAACAAACUCGGACAUUGGGGACGCGAAUCGGGGCAUUUCUAGUGACCAAUUUAGUAGCGUCAGCCCUCUAAGGUGAUCUCUAGAACUGUCCAGAAACGUCCGAGGACUUUAAGCGGAAACUGACUUCAGCUACGACUUCAAAUUCGAGCCGAGCAAACUUUUUUUGGAUGCUGCGCGGUUGCGGCUGUUGCCAUUUCAACCAGCGACAAUCCAGAACGCCACCAACAUUCCGAAGUGCGUUUUUUUUGUGUUAUGAGAUGCAGCCUUUUCGAACAGAAAUAACAUCCGAAAAUUUUCAUAAGUGUUAGGUUUUUCAAGAAAUGAAUCUCGUUCUUCAAUGGUACACUUCAAACUACCAUAACUCUUUUCAGAAUCCAUUUUUUGAUCGAUCUAAAACUUAUGAAACAUUCGAAAACCCCAACUUUAAGAAAAUUUUCAUUGUGAAACGAAUGUCCGGAAUUUUCGCCAGUGAAGUAACGAAAAAAAAAACAACUUUGAUCACAAAUUUUCUGUUUGAAGCUUUCUGUAGUUUCUAUCAUUUUCACCAUAUUGUUAGAAAUCCAGUUUGCAAAAAAAGUUCGGUCCAUUUCCAUGGGCAAAAACCCGAUUGUUGAGAAACACGAAAAAGACUAGUUUUUUUCAAAAAUCGAUUUCAAAGAAUGGAUCGGGUCAGAUAUUCCAAUCUUUUUCAUGAGUUAAUGGGACCUAUUAAAAUAUUCUGGCGUGUCUCGACUGACUUUUCAACGUCAGCAUCUAGUCUCCUUUCUCUCUUUAAAGACGUUUCGUCACAUCAAGUUUAUUAUUCUCUUGAAUUAUUGAGAAACUUUUCCGCUCAAAAGAGAUAGAUCUUCUUGAUCUUUUGGUGAUUCCACAAUCAUUUAGGUGAUCAAAGCUUUUUCAUUAAGAACUGUGAACGAGCUCACGUCAGCGGAACAUGCCGAAUACCUGCAACGGACAAAAGGCUCCGAGUUCGCCCCUCCGCGGAUCAGCAGAAAACGGAUACUUUCUCUGGUUUUUUUAGAACUCUAGCAAGAAAAAUCCUUUUUGAACCCAAAAGAAUACAAACUUCUCUUAGAAAACAUGAUUUUUAACGACAGAAUGAGUUUGAAAAACCAACGAGAGACUUUGCAGGAUGAAACUUUGAAGAUCGACGUGAUGAGUGAAAGAGAAAUCUCACAAAAUGAUAUCCUACAGUACUACGGAAAGGUAUCAGGACUAUCUAGUUUUAUUGGUUCAAAAGAGUAGUUUUUGUCAACCUUUACCAUUUCUUGGGGAAAAAAAAAGGUUUACAAUUAACUUGCAUCUGGCCUCAGAAAAUAUGUUUUCAACUAAGUUGAAAGUUAAAGAAGAGCAGUUUCUCGGGCAAAGUCGGAACGGUGGAUAAUGGCCGCUUGAAGGGAGAGGCUCAAAAAAAACCGCGAAAAGGCCGCAGAAAAGCAGCAAAAAUGGUUUAAAAGUGCCGAUGGAAUGGCACUAAAGGGCAGGAAAAAAAAGAACCUUCCCACCCUGAAAGGAACUUUACCUUUUUCCAACCUUUCCGACUUUGCCUAUGUUUUAAGUUUGCCUGCACGUUUCCGACGGACCUUUUCUCGGUACUUUUAACGUUUUGCGGAUCAUUUUCAUUUGUUUUUGUGUACUCUCCUCUGAGAUUUCCAACCACGAUAGCUCAGAUCAGAUCAGCAAUACUCAUUUUCCACAUUUUCUAGGACUUUUUCCAACUAUGGAACCUUCUGAAAUAAUGCUAAUGGCUUUUUUUUUAGUGCGAGCCUGGCGUAAACUCUCGAAAGUUUGUCCGUUACCUACAAGAAAAAGAGAUCAAUCGACGCGACAACAUGUUCAUUUUCAAGUCAAAGCUGUAAGUGAUAGGAAGAAAAAGUUCAAGACUUUCAAGCGAUGACCCUUUCAGGUUUGAUACCGAUAAGUUGAAAUUGCUAGACUCCCUCAUCAGAAAAAUCGAAGAAUGCUCGGAUCUCUGA